AUGGACGUGAGGUUUUAUUCGCCGCCGCAGCCGCCGCCUCCAUCCCAGCCCGCCGCCGCCGCUCCUGAGACUCCUUGCCUGGGACCUUCUCCUUGCCUGGACCCCUACUACUGCAACAAGUUUGACGGUGAGAACAUGUAUAUGAGUAUGACAGAGCCGAGCCAGGAGUAUGUGCCAGCCAGCCAGUCUUUUCCUGGUCCAAGCCUUGAAAGUGAAGAUUUUAACAUACCUCCCAUCACUCCUCCUUCAUUACCCGAACAUUCACUGGUACAUUUGAAUGAGACAGAAUCUGGUUAUCCUUCUUUGUGUCACCCAGUCAACCAUAAUGGCCUGCUUCCUUUCCAUCCACAAAACAUGGAUCUACCUGAAAUCACUGUCUCCAAUAUGCUUGGACAAGAUGGGGCGCUGCUUUCAAAUUCACUCUCUGUGAUGCAAGAUUUACGGAAUACAGAAGGAGCUCAAUAUAGUUCCCAUCCCCAGAUGGGAGCCAUGAGACCAAGAGUUCAGCCUGGAGAUAUUAGGCAGCCAGGAAUGAUGCAGCACGGUCAGCUGACUACCAUUAACCAAUCACAACUAAGUGCUCAGCUUGGUUUGAAUAUGGGUGGAAACAAUGUUCCCCACAAUUCCCCAUCUCCUCCUGGAAGCAAGUCUGCUACUCCAUCACCAUCCAGUUCAGUUCAUGAAGAUGAAGGAGAUGAUACUUCUAAGCUCAAUGGUGGAGAAAAAAGACCUGCUUCUGAUAUGGGGAAAAAACCCAAAACUCCCAAGAAGAAGAAGAAGAAGGAUCCUAAUGAGCCACAGAAGCCUGUUUCUGCCUAUGCAUUAUUCUUCCGUGAUACUCAAGCAGCCAUCAAAGGCCAAAACCCAAAUGCUACCUUUGGGGAAGUCUCUAAAAUUGUAGCUUCCAUGUGGGAUGGCUUGGGGGAAGAACAAAAACAGGUAUACAAAAAGAAAACUGAAGCUGCUAAGAAGGAAUAUCUGAAGCAGCUAGCCGCUUACAGGGCAAGCCUUGUAUCCAAGAGCUACAAUGAACCUGUGGAUGUUAAGGUAUCCCAACAACCUCAGAUGAUGAACGCAAAGCAGUCAGUGUUCCAUGGAUCUACACAGCCUCACUCGGCACUGUAUCUAAGUUCCCAUUACCACCAGCAAGCAGGAAUGAAUCCUCACAUAACAGCCAUACAUCCCAAUAUUCCUAGGAAUAUAGCACCUAAGCCCAACAACCAAAUGCCUGUGACUGUUUCCAUAGCAAACAUGGCGGUCUCCCCACCCCCAUCCCUUCAGAUGAGCCCUCCUCUUCACCCGCAUCUCAGCAUACAGCAACACCAGCCGCUUACAAUGCAGCAGUCCCUUGGGAGCCAGCUACCAAUGCAGGUCCAGUCUGCUUUACAUUCGCCUACAAUGCAGCAAGGUUUUACUCUCCAGCCUGACUACCAGAAUAUUAUCAACCCUACAUCUACAGCUGCACAAGUUGUUACUCAGGCAAUGGAGUAUGUUCGUUCAGGGUGCCGAAAUCCUCCAGCACAGAGCGUGGACUGGAAUAAUGAUUACUGCAGUAAUGGGGCCAUGCAGAGGGACAAAGCCUUGUACCUCACCUGAACAUGUUUGAGGAAGGCACCUCUCCUUUCCACUGAGGAAUGCAGGGAAGGCUCAUCAUGACUGCUUUAUGCAGUCAAGGCAGUUCUGCAUUUAUUUAGAGAAUAUAAGUUGCUAAGCACUUAGGACUAUUUGAGCUGGUGGGUCAUUCACUCUGG